AUGCUGUCUAAUAAGAGGUAUUUUCCACCGCCGAGAACCAACGCGGCUUGUCAGCACUGCCAAGACUUGAAUCUUUCUCUCCCUACCAUUGAUGGUAUAUUGGGCAUUCCUCUGGGUCUCUUACAAACAUCUGCGGCGUCUGGUUGUCCUUACUGCGCGCUAUUGAUCAAGGCGUUAGAGCUACCUGGCCUUGAACCCCCAAACAAUGAAGACCUAUUUGGAGUUACGCUAUUCUCUGGCGUGGACAGCACAAAUGCGGAGCCUUUCCCUCUUAUUGUGAGGUUGCAAACCGAGUAUAGAAAUUUCGCAGAAAUAGAGCUGUAUGUGGAUGCAGAUUCAUCAUAUCGUCUUCCAGCCAUUGGUCGAGCUCGUAAUAUUGAAGCAAAUGGACUUUCUGACCAAUGUGUGGCGCUCAUGAAUUCAUGGAUGAAAGAGUGUUUGUCUCAACAUAAGAUGUGCCACCAGCCCCAAUCAAGUAUGAUAUUACCAGAUAGGGUCUUGGAUGUUCGACCUGGGAAAAACCCUCGAUUGAUACUCAAUCAAAGCGCAGAAACGGGGGAUUACGCCGCUCUCAGUCACAGUUGGGGUGGACAAGUUGCUCUUCAGCUUCGACAGAAGAACUUGGAGGACCUGCGGCGCGGCAUAUCGCUUCAAGGAUUUCCCAUGACUUUUCGGCACGCGAUUGAGGUCUGUCGUGCCCUUGCGAUACCAUUUCUGUGGAUAGACUCGCUUUGUAUCAUCCAAGAUUCCGCUACAGACUGGGCCGUGCAGGGCUCAAAGAUGGAUGCUGUUUACUCAAACUGUCAAGUAGUCAUUGCCGCUGAUGGAGCUCACAAUAGUGAGAAAGGCUUUUUGGAGGACCCUUGGCGACAAAUUCCGGUUCUGAAACUCGUGUGCCCUCGACCAGCAUCCGAUGGCGGAACACCAAAGGCGAACAAAGAUGAACCGCAGAGCAAAUUCGUUGAUGUCUACGCUCGAAAGAAAGGGACUGGAAAUAUGGAUGUAUUCAUGCACCACUCCCGAGCGUCCAAUUACCGCAGCAAUCUCUCAAGUAGAGGCUGGAUCCUGCAAGAGAGCGUCCUCGCAUCCCGUAUACUUCAUUUCACUGCAGAGGAGAUCACUUGGGAAUGUCGAAGCGUUUCUCGAUGCGAAUGCCAGGUGAACCCUCAUAUUUUUACGCAUGAAAUGCCUAUGAAAUACAAUCUUACGAGAGAAUUGGACCAUAAGGAGCACUGGGCAAAACUGGUGCAAGAAUUUACCUGCCGCGAUCUCACGUAUCCGUCAGACCGUCUACCCGCCAUGGCAGGAAUAGCGUCUCACAUGCAUUCCAGAAAUCCUUCAAUCGAGUUUCAUGCUGGAUUAUGGAGCGACUCGUUUGCUUCAUCUCUGUUGUGGUUCUGUUUAGAUCGCGGAAUGAAUUUGCAUGGAGGGAAAAGGAAGAGUCGCCGCGUUCAGCCAGAAUCUGCUCCAACGUGGUCUUGGGCGUCAGUUACAGGCCGAAUCAUGUUCUCACCAUCUCAAAGUACUCUGGGAGCUUUGAAGAAUUUGCACGUAAAUUGUUCUCCUGCCGGUCCUAAUAUGUAUGGUAGGGUGUCUUCGGCGACUCUGAUGGCGACAGUUGAUACAUUCAGAGGAAUUAUAAUCGCCCAUAAAGAUCAUAGAGAUGCCUUCCAAUUGCAGCUUAUCUCUGAUGAUGGAAUUCAUCGGUCUAAUCUGAUACCAGACGGAGAGAUAUUCCCUGACAUUCUUGGGGAUUCUACAGAAAUGUGUGUUGGUGACGAAGUGAUCUUGAUGGAUCCAGUGGGACAUGAUGAUAAAUACUUGAUCUUGAAGCCCUCUAGCCAUGGACCAUCAACCUAUAGACGACUUGGGUUGUAUAUGACGUUUCCAUUGCGUGGUAUCUGGCCAGCACGGCAUGAGACUAUAACACUUAUUUGA